UCUAUAAAGACUCUUUUGAGUCCUUUUUCAAUCCAAACCUCCGUCUCUCUCUCUCCCCUCUCUGAAAGACUGGAAACUCUCUUCCUUGUUUAUUUUCUGUCUGGCUUUUGGUUUCUUCUUGCUGUGUACGAGAGAUGGAGUUGGGGUUGAGCUUAGGAGACGCGUCCAAGGCGUUUCCGUUUGUGGAGAAGGCUCGUAGGAUUAGCGGGAGCAGUAGCAGCAGUUUAGGGUUUUGCAUGGGGUUAGGUGUUGGGGUUGUUAAUGGUGGAGAGGAAGACAGGAUAGAGGUCGAUGAAGGAGAAGAUGGUGGUGGAGAUGGGCAGCAGAGGGAGGAGAGGAGGGACUCUGCAGAUCCGCCUGUUCAGCUCGAUCUUCUCCCUCCUGGUCCCGUCCCUCGUAACCCGCCUUCUUCCUCGCCGCUGGGUUUUCCAUGGCCAACUGAAAACGGUAAUUGUGAGGCGGGUUCAUCGGGCCACUUGGGGGCAUCGGCGAGAGGGUUCGACGUUAAUCGGUUGCCUGCGGCGGAGGAUGCUGACGAUGGGGCCGCCGUCUCCUCUCCCAACAGCGCUGUUUCCUCGUUCCAGAUGGAUUUUUCCAUUUAUAGAGGUGCUGGUGGAGGCAGCAAGAAAGAUGCAGAAUCUGCGGGCAAUGAAGUUGAAGCGGAGAGAGCUUCCUCGAGAGCCAGCGAUGAGGAAGAGAACGGUAUGACUAGGAAGAAGCUCAGACUCUCCAAAGAACAAUCGGCCUUUCUUGAAGAAAGCUUCAAGGAACACAAUACUCUCAACCCAAAACAAAAACUUGCGCUUGCGAAACAACUUAACCUUCGUCCUCGCCAAGUAGAAGUCUGGUUUCAGAACAGAAGAGCCAGGACGAAGUUGAAGCAAACGGAGGUAGACUGCGAGUAUUUAAAGCGGUGCUGCGAAACACUGACGGAAGAGAACAGGAGGUUGCAGAAGGAGUUGCAGGAGUUAAGAGCCUUGAAGACUUCCCACCCCUUCUACAUGCAACUCCCAGCGACCACCCUGACCAUGUGCCCCUCCUGCGAGCGCGUCGCCACCACAUCGACAGCUCCCUCCGCCAUGACAGACGCCAGCGCCACCACCACCCCAGCCACAAACAAGGCAUCCGCUUUUUCUCUCACCAGACCCAGGUUCUAUCCCUUCUCUCAAGCCCAUGCCCCCCACCCGUCCGCUGCUACAUGAGAUGGAAACCAGGCGUUUCCGGUGAUGGGUAUUAGAUUAAAUAGAUUUGAUCUGUAAAUACAAAGACUCUUAUCAGUUGUUUUUUUUUUUUUUUUUAAUUUGUUUAACAGUUUUCAUUUGGUGUGUCAUUAAUGGCGGAGAUUCUGAAGUUGGGUUUUUUUGCUUCCUUCUUCUUUUGGGUUUUGUGAGGGGGAAAGAAAUAGGGUUAGAAUUUUAGAGAGAGAUAGAGAGAAUUAGAUUAAAAAUCCCUCCUUUUUUCUUUUUUUGCCAUUUCCCGCAAGAACAGAGCGAAUACUACUUAGUUGUAUCUGUUCUUAUUUUGUACUAAAUUUGGUAAAGAAAAUACAGGAAUUCAGAAUUCAGAUGGAA